AUGGCGAUGUUAACAAUUACUUUAUAUCUAAAUAAUCGAACACAGUUUUCGCGUUUUCAUUGGCGAGAAACACAUAAUCGUGUUAAACAGAUUCUUGCCAAUAACACUUCAACAAUAUCCAGUCGUACAUCUACUCAAUAUUUAUGGUGUGUCAAUCAUUAUGGUCCUAACAAUCAAUUAAGAGAUUUUAUCAAGUGUGGUAUAAUAGCAAUGUUAAAUAAAUAUAUUUUAGUUAUACCACCAUUCUAUCCACAUUAUGGACAGAGUGCUAGAGGAAUUCAAUGGUUUGAUCAUUUUUUUGAUUUGAAACAACUUCGGCAAGUUAUUAAUUUUAUAACGCUAGAUGAAUUUAUAGAAAAAAUCAAAAUCAAUCAAAAGACAGUGAUGAUAGAUUGUUACAUACAACAAUAUGAACUCGUAAGAGGUAGAAUGUGGUAUUCAAAGAAUGCAUUGAUACCAGUGCAAAAUUAUUUCAAGAUAAAUAUUGAUUUUCAUCGCUCAAUGAAUCUUACUAACAAUUUUCAGCUGUAUGAAUUAUUUAGCAAGUCUAAAAAUUGUUCGUCUAUAUUUCUUCAUAUUCAUUAUAUGAUGUUUAGACAAUUUUUUUCAAAUCCAAAUAAUUACACAAAGAAAAUUUUCGAAUUCCUACGUCGUACCCCAUUACUUCAACGUAUGGCAUCGCAGUUAAUUAGUCAAUUACCUAAAUUAGCCAUUAGAAAAAAUCGUUCUCAAAUUAAUUUUCGAUUUCUAGCUGUUGUACAUAUUAGAAUAGGCGACCAUGUUGUCAUGAGUUUAUCGAUGUAUAUUAAACAAAUUUUAUAUUUGAUCAAUGAUAAAGUUAAUUUUACACAUCUACAUAUAAUGUGUCCAUAUCUAAACUCAACUGACAUGAAACAAUUGACUGAUAGUCUGUCAAUUCCAUUUACUACUUCACGUCAGUUAUUGAAUCAUAUGGAUUUUGUGUUAGAUCCUUAUUUAUUUGAUGUACUGGAACAGGAAAUAGCUUAUCAAGCUCCAAUAUUUAUAGCAUCACCCUGGACAACCUAUUCGGCGACAAUUUUAAUGCAAAAGGUAUAUCAACAGAAAGGGACUGUGUAUGUUUUAUCCACUGUAAAAGAUAAACAUCCGACACUUGUUACGAAACAAAAUGCGAAAUAUUUUGACAAAUAA